GUUAGAUAUUUUAUAGAUCUGGGGAUUCUUCGUGUUGAGAACGAGGAGGAGGAGGGGAUGGCUGAGAAGUACCCAAAUGGAGUGAUGGGUUCGUUCUACGUCGACAUAUACGAACUUGUGGAAGAUCCUUCAUCGGAUCCAUUAAUCUCGUGGAGCAAACGCAACAACGGUUUCGUCAUGUGUAGUCAGGAGGAGCGAAUCCGCAGUAAGAUUCUUCUGCCAUUCUAUUGCGACAAACUCUCUGAGUUUCUCUCUGAGCUCAGCUAUUAUGGCUUUAGAAGAGUUAAGACGAAGGCUGGUUCUGGGGUAGUAUUGGAAUUCAGAAAUGAAGAUUUUGUGAAAGGCCAGCCUGAGCGUCUCAAGGACAUGAUGAUCAAAGCUUCUAGGAAGCGCAGGGCCAAAUCCAGAGCUCAGCAAGCUGCCAAAGAUGCUGUCGAUCGCCUCCAAUUGCAACGUUUACGUAUUUGAUCUGAAUCAUCAUCUUAAUUAACUCCACCAGCUAGCUUCAACAAUAUGGCCAUCAAUCGGAAAUUUACGAAUGCCAGAAAUCAUGACCGUCUUAAUGAUAUGAUAAGAUAUUUUCAAUCUGUCAGAAGAAGAAGAGAGUUUUUUUUUAGGUCUUUUUGUUUUUCCUUCUAUAAAGAAAAUUUUUCCAUAAUAUUGUUUAACA